CCUCUUCUCCUUGCCUCUGUCUAUCUGUCCAGUCCGGGAAUGUUGACCACCGUGGCCUGAUCCAACGCCGCCGAGUGUCCCUACAUCUCCUGACUGCCACUUUCCGUGUUCCUGUCUGAGGGUCGUAGUCUGCCUGAUCCGGCUGUAAGGUUCUACUCUGUCCAUCUUGUAUUGAAACUGCAAGCAAAUUGUGCAGAAGAGCUGAUAAGAAACAAGAACCAUGGCUGUGGCCGGAUGUCCGGAUUAUUUCCUGCAUCAUCCAAAUUAUCAGCAGGACAAUAUUGACCGGUCCUCCAAUCACAGACAAGCUGACCUCAUUGGUCCAAGCUUCCAGCAAUCGGCCAAUCAGAGUUCUCCGAACCAUCAAGAGGAUGACGUUGAUUUAGAGGCCCUGGUGAAUGAUAUGAACUCUUCACUGGAGAGCCUGUACUCCACCUGCAGUGGUCAGCAGUCAGAGUCCACCCCGCUACUGCACAAUGGACAGACCUCUUCCUCACACCACCAUCAUCACAUGCAACACAGCCAUCCUCGGCAGGGUCAGCACUCACACCCACUAAGCCACGUCUCCCCGGAGCCGCCCUCCUCCUCCUCCUCGUCUGCGGACUCCCCCCAAACCAGCCUCCGUCGGUCACAGCCCAUGCACAUCCUCGCUGUCAGGAGGUUGCAGGAGGAGGAGCAGCAGCUGAGGACAUCAUCCCUCCCGGCCAUCCCCAACCCCUUCCCUGAGCUCUGCAGUCCAGCAAGCUCCCCUGUCCUCAGUCCUGGGUCUCUACCUCCUGGAGAGCCUUCCACUGGCAAAUAUAUUGUGAAGAUCUUCACUGAAGACGGGAUGGGUAAAGUGGUGGAGAUCCCAGCCGACAUGACAGCCAGGGACCUGUGCCAGCUCCUGGUUUAUAAAAGCCAUUGUGUGGACGACAACAGUUGGGCACUUGUUGAACACCACCCGCUGCUAGGGCUAGAGCGCUGUCUAGAAGACCAUGAGCUGGUGGUUCAGGUCCAGGCCUCCAUGAACAGCGACAGCAGAUUCCUCUUCAGGAAGAACUAUGCCAAAUAUGAAUUCUUCAGAAACCCACUGACGUUUUUCCCGGAGCACAUGGUCGCAUGGUGCCAGGAAACAAAUCGUAUGCUUCUACCAUCUCAGCUCCUUCAGAACUUCCUAGCAACCAGUAGUUGUCCAGAGAUCCAGGGGUAUCUGUAUGUGAAGGAGGUGGGUCGGAAGUCCUGGAAGAAAGUUUACAUGUUCCUGCGGCGCUCAGGACUCUACUGCUCUACAAAAGGAACCUCAAAGGAGCCCAGACAUCUACAGUUACUAGCAGACCUUGAAGACAGCAACAUCUUCACUGUCAUCACAGGCAAAAAGCAGCACGGUGCACCCACAGACUACGGGUUCUGUAUCAAGCCCAAUAAAUGUCGAGGCGAGCUGAAGGAGGUGAGGAUGCUGAGUGCGGAGGAUGAACAGGGCAGGACCUGCUGGAUGACUGCCUUCCGGCUCUUCAAGUAUGGGAUUGUGUUGUACCAGAAUUAUAAGAUUCCCCAACAAAGAAAAACCUUACUUUCACACUUCUCAGCACCUGUGCGGAGUGUAUCGGAGAACUCCCUUGUGGCGAUGGAUUUCUCAGGGAGGAUAGGCAGGGUGAUUGACAACCCUGUAGAAGCUCAGAGCGCUGCUAUGGAGGAGGGACAUGCAUGGAGGAAGAGGAGUCAACGAAUGAACAUAUUAGGCUCCCACAGUCCACUACACCACUCCUCACUAAGCUCAGUCAUCCACAUAGCUCAGUUGUGGUUCCACGGCAGGAUAACCAGAGAAGAAUCCCACCGUAUUAUCCACCAGCAGGGACAAGUUGAUGGGUUGUUUCUGCUGAGAGUCAGUCAGAGUAACCCCAAGGCUUUUGUGCUCACAUUGUGCCAUCACCAGAAAAUCAAACAUUUCCAGAUACUACCGUGUGAAGAGGACGGCCAAGUCUUCUUCAGCCUUGAUGACGGCUCCACCAAAUUCACCGACCUGAUCCAGCUGGUGGAGUUCUACCAGCUCAACAGAGGAGUACUGCCUUCUAAACUCAAACACCCGUGCACCGUCGUGGCCUUAUGACACCUUCGGAUCAUCUGACCCCAUGACCCCCCAUCACUUGACCUGACUCUGCCUAAAACAAACAUUUGUUUUUAUCUUUACAAGAAGCUGGUGAAUUGACUGAUCUUUUGUUGUCAUUUUAUAUUGCCGUGAGUCUGCUGGAGACUUGUUGGAAUCCUUUUGCAUGGAUGUUUGAGGAUUAGGAGGCACAACUUCUCGAUGUUCCUCAGUCGUGAAGAUAAAGGAAAUGAACACUGCCGUUUGUGUCAUUGCUGUUGCAAAAUCUUCCACAAUCUUGCUACCCAUAGUCAUCAAUAAGCUUGGACACAGUGACCCUCAACGUUUUUUCACACAGCUCAAGUGUAAACUGUGUUUCCCUUCAACUGGACAAUCAGCAGGACAGCUUUUGUGUGGACCACUCUGCUCUCUGAGAACAAACUCAUUCAAACAUCAUCACACGUCCUCAAACAAUAUACUGUAGAUGGAGAGUUGACUGUCUCUUAGUUUUGCACUCAUGGGACUGGGAGUGGCCUUUGACGGUGCAUGACUUCUCGGCUGUCUUAACUGUGAGAUGGUGCCACCGCCCUCUAGUGUCAUAGGCAUGCAAGGACAUGUCAAAAUUCAACAUGGAUGAGAAUUGGAGGCACCAGAAAGAGUGUUGAGGUUGGGAAACAUCACAAGUUUGUCAAGUCAAACUCUACCGGAGAAAAAUGGCUAUGGAACAUCUGGAACUGGUGAAACAAAGUAUUUUUUUAAAAGUGGACAACACAAAAUCUGCAUUGUGCACCCUCACAGAAAAGUGUUUGCUCCUCUCUCACCACACAGGGUUUCUUUUCUUAAUGAUACAUUCAUUGCAGUUAUGUAUUGUCAUCAAUAGUCUCUUCAAUAAUAUAUUUUUUUAAAGCCCACUUUUUGCAUUCUGGAGAUUUGCAACUCUUCAUUAUUCACAUAUGCUACAAUAAGUCAUUCUGUGCUUGUUAUUCUAUUGCAUGUUCCAAUUUCCCAAAGUGUGUCCCGUGUAGCUUCCACAAAAAUGAAUAAUCAUUAAUCGAACCAUGGUGUCAUUCAGGGUGAAAUAACAAGUAAUAAAGCUAGAGGAAUUCUGUAACCAGGUAGACAGUGAUUGUAAAGUUGAAAAGUGAAAACAGGUAGUUAUUUGGGGGAAAUUAAGUAAGUAAAGUGCACCCAGAUGUGGGAGUUCACUGCAGGCAAAGGCAUGAUGACACCUGUUGAAAAAAGAUGAAGUGGGACAAAGGAGAGUCUCCUCACCACAGCACAGGGAGGGAUAACCACUAGCAUUUCCUUCAGGUGUUUUUUUUAAGUGACAGCAAAUAAAAUGAAACAAAAAUCAAACAUACUAGAUUAGAUACAGUCCAAUCCAAUGGGAAACUUCUGUUCUGGACCUCUUUUCACACACAUAUGUCCCACAAACUUGCCUCCUACUGUUCCUGUUGGAAGUCAGUGAGAUGCUGACAGACGUAAAUGUGGCUAGGAGCAUGCCUUAGCGUGCUCUGACUCCACACCAGGAGUAGACUCUGUGCAUUACAUUCCGUAUAAUGCUGCCUUUUUCUGCCUGGAAGUACUUGUGAACUAACAGUAUCACAUAUCCUGCUUACUGCACACCACCUCUUUAUGAAUUCAGGCAGACUGUCGAGAAAAAAGUUAUCUGUGUACAGUGUAGAAAAGAUAUUGUAAAGAGAGAAGAGCCUCUCCCUUUCUAUCUCGACUUGUCUCACCCGCUCUCGUCGCACUUUCUUUAGCCUGCUGUGAAAAUACACUGUCAGCGAUGUGGCGGCAACAUAAAACUGGAGAUCUGACUGCAAAUGUUCUACAGGGCCCACUUUGAUUUUUUUUAACCCAUGUCCAUUUAUUCUAAUUUACUGAGUUGCCUCUAGUAUGAUGUGUCUACGAUAAUGACAGAAAACACAGGACGUAAAACUCUUAGUGACUUAGUUUGAGGGCACGGAAUACACCUUCAUUAUAUCCCAGACAGUGCAAUUUCAGCAAAAAUCAAUUGUUUUGCUAAUGCCAGCCAAGGUCAGUCAAAAAAAAGUAUUUGAAUGGAUUACCCUUUGUGUUGUGGCCAAGUCUAUGAUAGAGUUCCUGUAAUUAACUAUAGUGAAAGGAAGAUUUAGCACAGUGUCUCUAGAUAACCUGGAUUAAAUCUCUUUUUGAAUAGAUAGGGAUUCUUCUGUCACACCUAUUGAUCAUGUCUGGCAGAAUGAAACUAAAUAGAUAACACAUGAAGGGCAAACCCCAGCCAUCUCAAAAUUCUGGGAAGUUUUUGGAAGUAUUUCUGAUGAUAUAAAUACCACAAGGUUCAUAAUCGUCCUGUAUGAAAUGUCGCACCACAAACUGCUGUUUUUUACAUGAAAUUUUCUCAAAACUCACACUUAAAAGUUUGAUUUAGUCCAAGCUCUGGUGGCAGCGCUGGUUAGGUCACUAGACAGCAGACAGGUAGAUAUCUAGUUGUACUCUCCUUUAAUGCAAUAUCAGCAGCCAUGAUUUAACUACCUGCAGGUUAUGUUAAGGUAUAUUGAACAUCUGAGAUGCAGAAUAGCCGCACCAUAUUGACUCUCUGUGCAUGGUCACCAUUAUUUAUCUAAGAUGCAAUGACUCAAUCAUUUUUUUUUAAAUAUUGUUGCAGCAAAAUGUAUUUAUUUAUCUGGAUGUGACUGAAUACUUGAAAAUUUUUAAUUUCUUUUUCUCUGCGCUGUUCUGUAAAUUUCUAUUGUCAUUACCAUGAAAUUAUUGACCAGUGUGAUUUAUUAUUAUAAUGACAUGCCAUCUAUUGUUUUCCUUUUCCCUUUUUUUUUCAAAAAAAAAAUUGUCAUUAUUAAUACUUGUUAUGAAGAGAUGUUUUAAAGCACACUGGCAUCAAUAGUGUUAACAUUGUUAUUCCAAUAGAUGACAUUGAAAACAAAAAAAUACCAGGUUUCCCAAAGCAUUACUUAAUAUCUUUUUUUUUCUUCUUUUCCCUCUCAGAUCGAUUAAAAUAUCUACCAUAAGGAAAUCCAAUCUUUUUAUGUUAAAAACAAGUGUUUCUGUCGUCACUCUUUUGUGGUGACUUAAACUAGGAAAUAUAGAUUAGAGUAAUAAAGUAUCAAGUGUUUUGGGAAACUGGGUCAAGUAAACCUAAACAUUCUCAUAAUUUACUUUCUAAACACCUUGCCUUGAAAAAAGAAUUGUAAAAAAUGUAGAUGUAGAAAAAAGCCCUUUACAUUCAAGUUAAACUUUCUCUAUGAAAAUCUUUUAAUAAUUAGAUUAGAUAUAUUUGAAGAAAUGCACAACAGCAAUCCCCCCUUCACAUACACAGACACAGUUAGUCAUCAUUAUUAUACCAAUCAAACUGCAGUAAUGUGAUAAUUCCAUGUGAUAUCAGAGCAGUUACAGCGUUGACCUCCUUUGAGCAGAAUAAAGAAAGUAGUAAGUCAGUAGGUAGGUUUUAACAUUUGCAUGAAUGUGGAUUUUGAGUUUAUUGUGUAGAGAUUCUGUCACUGAUAUUCGAUAUCUGGAUUACAACAACUCAUCAAUUAUUUUGUAGUUAUUAUUUUUAUUUUAUUUAUUAUUCGAGAUUCGAUUCAGAUUCCCCACUCUGCACUCAUCCUCAAACUUCCUAGAUUUUUUUUUUCCGGACGGACAUGAAUGGUAGCAAAAGUCACAACAAGUGAGGGACAGAUAGGCUUUAGGGUGAAGAGAGUAUUUUCAUACAAACUGAAACUCUAAAUGCAAAGAUCAGAAAGUAAAUUAAAUUAGUAACUAUGUGAAAUAUAAAUCAGGGGAUUUGGAUGUUUUAUUCUAACAGAAAUGAAUGUAACUGGGUUGCUCAGGGUUGACUUGGAGCAUGUUAAAAACUACUGGUCCUUCAGCUCUCUUGGGCUUUUUAGGUGCAAGAUGAUGAUGGAUUCACAAAUAUUUUAGUUUCAUUAAGCUGGGAGUUGUUACGGCAGACUUUCUCUAUUACAGUAUGUGCACCACCAAUCUUCUAGUUGUGAUUACUUGAAAAAUAUCCUUGCAGCAAAAUGGAGUAGAUCCAGUAGUAUUUAAAGAGUACAGUAAACAGUGUUGUUCAUUCUAUUGUUUAAACUGUCUAUAUAAAAUACUUACCUGGCUACCGGAGCUGAUUGAAAAACCCAUCUGAAACAAUGUUACCAAUUCAAUCUCAGUCAUCACCCCUAAGACCCCUAAUAUUCAUGCCAUCAAUUCGAAAUUAUAACCAUGUUAAUAAAACUGACAUUUGAGCCCAGUGUCACUUUUGGUAGCCAGGCAAACACAGAUGGUGCCUCUGAUGACUUCUCUUUCUCUGCACAAACCAGACCUAACAUGUGGACCAAAUGACAGACAAAGCUACCGUUCAGAGGGGACCGUUCACACUCAUAAACUUUGCAAUUUUAAGAAGUACUCGGUGAAAAACAAUUCAAGAACAGAAAACGGCUCUCUGAAUGAUUCUGGCGAAAGGUGGUUGAGAAUGAAUGCUUGUACUUUCAGUUUACUUUUGGA